AUGCUGUCGGCCGGGGACUCGGACUGGUUGUGCAACUAUCAGGUGAAUUUGCUCAGGGACGCUAAUGAGGCCACCUCCCUUCAUCAGGAACUGGGUCCCGCGGAACCCUACGUGGACCCCUUCUUGAGGAACAACCCCACCGCCUACUCCGACUUCCUCCACCUCUUGUGCGACCGCGGGAUGCUCGAAUGGACCCUGGCCCCAAAGGAUACCCACACUAUCGGCGUGUUUUUCGCGGCCAAAAAAGACGGUAAAAUUCGGGUUAUAUUCGAUGCCAGGGUGUGUAACUACUCGUUCAAGGACCCACUCUCCACUCGACUACCUACUGCAUCUUCUCUCAGCCAGGUCGAGACCGACGGCCCGGUCUUCGUUGCAGCGGGCGAUAUCAACGCAGCUUUUUACAGGAUGGGCUUGCCAUCGUUUCUCAGGUUCCUACUUCCCUGGUCAUCCUGGACGGUCUACCGGCUGUGGAAGUGA